UACCCGUGCCGUUGUUCCCGCAGCUUCAUUCCUUUUUUCUUCGUCUGGGAGGUAGAGACUUACUCAGCAGAGAUGUCUGGUCGCGGAAAGGGUGGCAAAGGCCUUGGAAAGGGAGGCGCCAAGCGGCACCGCAAAGUGCUUCGCGAUAACAUCCAGGGCAUCACCAAGCCUGCUAUCCGCCGCUUGGCUCGCCGCGGAGGCGUGAAGCGUAUUUCUGGCUUGAUCUACGAAGAGACCCGAGGCGUCCUCAAAGUCUUUCUGGAGAACGUGAUUCGCGAUGCUGUGACCUACACCGAGCACGCCAAGAGGAAGACCGUGACUGCCAUGGACGUCGUCUACGCUCUGAAGCGCCAGGGUCGUACUCUGUACGGUUUUGGUGGCUAAGCUUUUCAAAACCCUUCAUAUACUUAAGAACCCAAAAGGCCCUUAUAAGGGCCACCCACGCUUUCAUAAAAAGAGCUGCGCUCGCUUGUAUCUUUAGAAAGCAACGUUGUGAUAAAAUGAGUGUGUUGCGAUUUUUCGGUAGCAAUGUAGCCUUGUCCUUCUAGAGUGAGGUUGCCAAAGGAAACAUGAUUACGGUUUAGGAACUCGGGCUGGUUUCCAGCUUUUGAUAUUUUCUUGUCCCAUUUGCGCUACUUUUGUAGCAACCGACUGAGGUUUCCUCUUUAAAACUAAAUACGUAGUGGGAGCUUGCUAUUUUCUGGGUUAAUUAAAUAAAAUCCCCCACCCCCGGUUUCCCGCCUUGCUUUGUUUAAUUUUAAGCCCCAUGUAGAACGUUAAUAAAGGAGUAAUGCUGGUCGCCA